UGCCGCAGGAAAAACGUUUUUGUCAGCCAUAUGGCGUUAAGCAGUAACAACUUGAGGUGUGCGAGAAAAGGUUUUCAUUCAGAAUUUGUUCAUUUUUGUUUUGUGGUGUCUUAGGUUGUGAAUUUGAGGCGUUUUGAAGUGAUUGGAAGUGAUAUUCUACUAAAAACGAUUAAGAGAUAGUGUGUAAAACAAUAUCAUUGAUCUAGGAAUAAUAUUUAAUGAUUUGAAAUGCAAAACAACGUUACGUAACAUUCAUUUUCAUAGCUAACUUUGCAUAGCGCAUUUUGAUAAUUAAUCAAACAGUAAUUUAUAAAAUUGAAGGUGAAACCCAAAUUCAUCAAACAUUAAUCACAAACUAUUCAAACACGUACAAAAUUAAGUCAAAGGUCACAGCUUGCGUGACCUCACCCACUGCAAUAUUCGUUGCAAAUUGUUUAUUACCCUUCCCACCUUCAACGCCUACUUCGUUUGAACAGCAUUUUGCUGACAUGAAUUAAGGCGCUCACCCCGUACGGUUAUUGUUUGUUUAUUCCGCCUACCUUGCUUUCAUCGAUUCACCACUGAAAUGCGGUGCUUUUUAGGAUUUCUUGCGUGUUAGAGCCCCAAAAAGUUUAUUGUUUUUCGCGCGACCUUGUGAUUUGCAUGCACAAAUAAAUAUUUUGAAAGAAAACGAAAAAAUGUUUUCCGACGAGGAGAUCAACCGCCACAACUACCAGUUCCGAUUCCAGGAGAUGGAAAGCAAGAUCCGGAAAUGUGAACUGGAACGAACCCAGCUGGAACAGCGCUUUACGCAGCUGAUGCGAGAACGUCAGGAAUGCGAGAAAGCUGCCGAAAGGUCGAUGAAGCUCAAGUACAAGCGAAUGAUGGAACUGGAGAGGCAGCGAGCGGAGCGGAACGAAAGUCUGCUGAGGAUGCUGCACAAGAUCGAUCAGCAAGCUGCUUCCCUAGCGGCCAAGACCGAUCGCUUGAAGAUGCUUAAGACCCAAUACGAGUCGUAUCUUAUUCGCUCCUGGUCAUCCCAACGUGCGCUUCCUCCUUCGCCAGCUCCGUCAAUCUGUUCCCAUCAGAUCUUCCCUCCAGCUCCUCCUCAACCGUCCUACUACCGAAACACCGAAUCGCCCAAGUCCGACUUUGUCCGUUACCUCUCAGACCUAACCCAUACCCAAACAGCAAUCCACAACCCGAUUCCUCCUCCGACGGUCCUUUCCAACUACAUUGCUUCCCAACCCUCCAGCAGUUCCACAUGGUCACGAGAUCCGUUCAGCCGAACCGCUUCCGACGUGAUCCUUCAGCCAACCUUCAGCUUCCCGGCUUCUUCCCUCAAUCCACCAAUCCCCGAGACGCCCCGUCAUCGACCUCCCUCAACCAAACCCCAGCUCUCGAACGAGGAGUUCAUCCAGUACAUCGACAACGAGAUCCUCAAGGCACCGGACAUUCCCACCGUGGAGACUCCUCCUCCGCCGAUGGUCGCCCUGCCGAACAUCCGAGUUGAUCCACCGACCAUCACUCCGAGUCCGCUUCCGGCGGCAUACCUCGAGGACGUCACAAACGAGGAGGAGGUUAAGCCGUUGACAGAGUAUGACGAGGACAAGGCGUACGUCAUUGAGGAUCUGGCUGAGAAGCUGGCGCUGUACGAUCAAGCAGAAGAACAACCAAAGCUGGAGGAUACAGAGAUCACGCAGCGUUGGGAGCGGAUUGUCGAGGUUAACUCGACGAAGCCGGAAAAGGAACCUUCGGUUCAGGAAACUAAGCAGUCAAGCAUCGAAGAGGUUGACGAGAUUCCUGCAGCUCAAGUAGCUUCCGAAAGCGUGAAAGCUGAGUUGAAGCUUGAGGAACCAUACAAGGAAACAAUACAAGAAGUAUACCAAGAGACGCAUAACUCAAGUGCUUCAGAAGAAGUCCAACAAGAGCCAAGCGUCUCGUACGAGCAACCAGAGCUGUCAACAGCUCCAGAAGAAGUUCAGCCGGAAUAUCAGCAAAGUUACGCAUCCGAAGCUGACUAUCAGCAGUACCCGACAGCAGUCGAGCAAGAGUAUCAAGCUCCGGUAGAUUACAACUACCAAUAUGCUCCAGAACAACCGGUACCGACGGAAGCAGACACAAAUCAACCGCCAAUCCAGCAAGAAGAUCCGGCGUACUGGACCACGGCACGGCAGGCCGUCAAAGCGAAGACGAUUACUGCGCUGGGACAGUCCCGUACACCGGAAACCAUCGAGGAAGUCGCGAACAACGGCGAAGCCGUUGAACCCAUAGAACGCCGCUCAACCCCAUCCGGAUCGAAGCGCAGCUCGCCGAUGGGCGAGAUCGUUUCCCCGAGCGAGAUUCACCAAAGUCAACCGGAAGAGCAACCGGCAGUGGACACCACGCAGUACAACUACUCGCAAUAUCCGCAGGAGUACGAUCCGGCUGCGGAGCAGCAAGCCUACCAGCAGUACCCACAAGACGGCUCCGAUCAGCAAUACUACGAGUAUCAAGAGCAGGACCCCGCACAAGCUCAGCAACAAUACCAAGAGUACGCGGAAGGAACCAACGCCGACCCGAACCAGUACCAGCAAGCUACGGAAUAUCCCGGCCCGACGCAGUACGUGUUCGAGCAGGGUUACUACGAUCAGCCGCAGCCGGUUGAUCCCAACCAACAGCAAGCCUACUACGAUCAGUCGCAGCAACCGCAGACGACGGAAGACCAGCAGCAGUACGAUCCAAAUCAGCAAGCCUACUACGAUCCGAACGCCGAGCAGCAACAGCAGUAUUACGAGGAAGCGCCCGCUCCAGAUCAAACCGUCUACGAUCAGUCGCAGGAGUAUGGAGCGUACGAGACUUCGCAGUCGGAAGGUCAGCAAGCUGUCGUCGCGGUUGAGCCGGAAGCAGUGGAACCAAAGGAACCGGAAACGGAGAGUAUCUCCAAAGUUGAGGAGGAGACGCCGGCCGUCGGUACAGAGGAGGCGUCGUCGCCGUCGUUGUUGUUUGCAACUUCGGAAGAGUCUGAGCAACAGGUGAAGGUCGUGGAAGAACAGCAAGAGCAGAAGAAUGUUGAGGAAUCUCGUGGCGGAGAGGAUGGUAAGGACACGACAACUGUCAGCUCGGUGAACGACGAGAGCGAUUUUGACUUUUCCACGCAGUGAGGGGAGGGAAUGUUACGUGUUAGUAAACAAUGUAGAGUUUAUGCUUGAAA